CUCUCUUCUUCAUUCACUAUUCGGUUCCUUCUUUGUCCAUGUGAAAUUGAUUAAUCAAUUAGUGGAAAUGUCUAAAGGUGAUCAUGUUGAUAAACUUUGUUUAAAAAAACGUGUCUUCUACUUUGAUAUUAAAACAUCUCAAAACCGCAAUAAAUUGAAAAAUUAUAUUACACGAUUAGGAGGGACUGUUGGUGAGUUUCUUGAUAGCAGAGUCAAAUAUUUAAUAACUGAUCGAAAUCCUAAAGAUUGGCCUGUAAAGGAUAAAAAUUUAAACAAUCAUGAGCCAUCUCAAACACCAGAAACACCUAGCAAUAGAGUUUCCGAUUUAUUGCCUCGAGGUAGACAAUUGGCUCUUAGAGCAAGUGCACAACCAUCAAUUAAUUGCAUAAAUCAACAAUCAUCAAAAGCAAUCACUGAUCCUAUUGAAAUUGCAUAUCGUCGUGGCAUAAAAAUAUUGGAAGCUCAAGCUGUAUUAGAUUUUUGUUCAAUACAACUUCGUCAAUUAGAAAAUCCAAGCUGUGAUACACCCAAAGCAUCUCCUCGAAUUCCUAGAGCAACUGUAAGACAAUUUAAAGGAGCUUUCAUAAAACUUGAAGAUGUCGAGCAAAGAUAUCGACCAUCAGCAAAAGAAUUUAAGGAAUGGCCAAAAAUUUAUUUUGAUGCUGAUCCAUUCAUGUGUCCAUUUUUACCGCCAUCCAAAGUGAAAAAGUAUUCAGAAAAUAAUGAUGUAAAUGUUGCUAAUACGGUAGAAACAGGAGGGAUGACUGGCAAUGAAAAUAAUAAUAAUAAUAAUAAUAAUAACAAUAAUAAUAAUCACAUCAACAAUCAACAUCAACAUCAACCAAAGCAUACUGCUACUGCCAAUACAAUUUCUAGUAAAAUACCUGUUACUCCUGAUAUGCGUGGUAAUUAUACAAUGAAUACAAAAACUUUCGAAGGAUUGGGUAUACAGACACCAAAAGCUAGUACAAAUGCAACAAAUGAUUUUAGAGAAAUGAAUCGACCUACACCAUUAAGAAAACAGAAUGCAUUACAAUACUGUGAAAUUUGUGGAAUAACAUUUAAAAGUAUUCAAGAACAUAUCAACUCUGCAACACAUCAAAGUCAUCUUAAACAAAAGGAAAAUUUUAAAGAUUUGUUUAGUGUAAUUAAAUCUCUUCCCAAAUGGAGUGAUAUUGGCCAAGACAAUGAUGAAACCGCAACUCCUAUUGAUGAUAAUGAUUGCGGUGAUUUUAUCCAAUAUCCAAAUUAUCCAAACUAUCCAAGUUUAACACCACCAUCAAUGCCAUCAACAACAAUCACAUUAACUCCUUGUUCUACUGUCAAAGCUGUCGGGGGCAAUACAAAUGCAACUAAAGGAAGCUUUUUACCCUUGCAUGAUUAUAUUAACAGUAAUAAUAAUAAUAACAAUAGUAAGAAUAAUAGUUUUAAAGUAGAAGAAGUUAAAUCAUUAACACCAGCUUUUAAAAUGAGGCAAGUAAAUAUACUAGGAAAUCUUAACAAUAACAAUAAUCUGAGCAAUAUCGCAAACAACAUAAACAUUAAGAGUACCUCUAAUUUUAAAAUUUUUAAUUUCAGUUAUAGUUACAGCAAUAGUAAUAGUAAAAAUGUUACUGAUGUAAUGAAUGCAAGUAAACAAGAAAAUUGUAAAAUUGUUAAUGAACCUAGAAAUAUUAACAAUUUUGAGCAAUUAUUCAGUGAUGACGAUGAAAAUAUUAAUGAAGAUGAAAUUGAAGCUUCUUGUUUUACACCACCAUUAAUACCUCCAUUAUUAUAUCCUGAGCUUGACAUUCCCGAGGAAAUUUUACGACAAAAAACAAACACUAUUAGAAAUAAUAAUGAUGGUUAUGCUGAUGGCGAUCAUGAUGAUAAUGCUUACUCUCUCCGAGUUUUAGAUAUCAACUUCACUCUUUCAUAAUCUCUGCCCACUGCCAAUGUUUCAUUCAAGGGAAAUAUGGAAAAGCGUCUGAAGCAUAUCAAAACAGUCAAUGUUGUCAAAUGCAAAUCCAUUGAGUCUUUCUAAUUGUUGUCCAACAAUUCCAAAUGGAUCAAUUUCUUUCAAUACCUAAAAUUUCAUUUAUUUAUUUGAAAUCAUCCACUGCCAUCUAAUAUUUAUAAAGAUCUCAAUUGACUUAUGCAUUGUAAGUGAAUAAAUUUACUUAUUGUUA